AUGCCUGUUGUGAAUUUACCUCGAGUUCCAGAUGGUCUUCGAGAUCUAAUGAAAAGUUUAACACGGGAAGUUUUACGUGAGAAACCAGAAAAUAUUUAUGAAUUUUCUGCUCAAUAUUUUGAAUCGAAAUUGGAUAAAAAGAAUGAGUAUAUUGUAAAGAGUUUUGAACCAGUAACAAUUUUGGAAAUCGGUACCAGAACACGUCAAGAAUUACCACUUUCGUUGGUCUACACAAUUAUACCUCAAGGACUUACUGAACUAAUUAAAGAUUUCAUAAAAGCUGUACUCAGAGAAAAUCCUAACAAUUUAUGUGAGUUUGCAGUACAGUACUUUCGAAACUUACAAAAUUUAAAUGAAUUACAAAAUUCUAUUCGAUAUACUGAAUAUGAAAAUUAUAUCGGUAACAAGGAGCGAUUUUCCUUUACGCCAUACCUUAAUGGAAAGUGCAUUUGUGGAAGAACAAUUAGAACCAAUAAUAAAGAUUUUCUAUAUAAUGAAAAUGUGUCUAACUUUCCGCAAAAUUUCGAAGAUAAAAAUAAUCACAGUGAUAAACAUCUAAUUACAACAACUAUUUAUACUACAAAUGAAAAAUCGAUAGACACCCAUUACGGUGAAAAAUAUGUGAAAGCAGUGUACAUCAUACAAAGGUUUCUGAAGCGUUGCUAUAGGAUGAGACGUGAUGUGCGAAAUGUGGCAUACCCAAGUGACAUCAGCAAAUCAAAUGAGGUUCAUUACGAUAAAAUGUCUGUGGAAACCGCGGCUUUUAUCAUACAACGUUCAUUAAGAAAAUUACUGAAAAAAAAUAGACUUCAGAAACAAAUGCCAACAAACACAGUAAAUAUGUUAAAAUUAGAACCUUCAUGUCAUAAUGAAGAAACCAAUGACAAUGCUUCUGAAGCCGCCUCAUAUACUUCAGCAUCCACCGUUCUAAUGUCGGCAGAGUCGCUUGGUGAAUAUUCUGAUAUGGGUAUUGCAAAUUACGAAGAGGGGGUGCUACAAGAAACUAUUAUCGAGGACGAGGAAACGGAUAAUGACCACUCAAAUAUUUCGCAGAACGCAACUUUAAGUAGAAAUAAACGCGAUGUUUCAAAUAUUUUGGAUGGGAAAAUUCCAGAAACAAAUAAAAUUACUCAAGGUUUCCACGAAAAUAACGAAUUAGAAAACAAAAAUGUCAUUGGUAGCACUGAAAUUGAAUCUAUUGAUUCCCUGACAUAUAAAAAUGUAUCACAAACAAAAGAUAUAGCAUCAUUACAAGAAAACGAUAAAGUGAUUUAUGAGAAAUUUUUAAAAGAUGUACCAAAACAAAUAACAAAUCCUACAGUAACUCCACAACUUAGUAAUGAGCAGAUGAACAACGAUUCCAAGGCAACUGAUGAAGAAGAUAGAGAAUCAAAUAUGAAACCAGAUGUAACAAUAGAAACUAUAGACAAAGAAUAUAAAAUUGAAAAUAAUAAAGCAAAUGAUAACGAAAACUUAGAAAAAUCUUUAAUGACUCCACAACUUAGUAAUGAGCAGAUGAACAACGAUUCCAAGGCAACUGAUGAAGAAGAUAGAGAAUCAAAUAUGAAACCAGAUGUAACAAUAGAAACUAUAGACAAAGAAUAUAAAAUUGAAAAUAAUAAAGCAAAUGAUAACGAAAACUUAGAAAAAUCUUUAAUGACGGAAGAGGGUUUCAUUAACAGCACCACAGGGGAAUUAGAUGGUGGAGAAAUGAAAACAACUGAAACUGAAAAUAAUACAGAUAAAAUCGAUCAAAUUGAACAAGAUUUCGAAUUAAAAGAUCAUAAAUUAGAAACUGAAGAAAGCCUAACAGAAACUACAAAACAAGAUGAAGAAUAUAAUUUACAUGCAAACGAUACUUUGGAUUUAAAAGGUAUAGAAAAAUUAAUUAAAAAUGAAAACGAUUCAGAAAAAGCAGCUGAAAGUGAUAAACCAGGACACCACUCGGAAAUCUCUAAUAAAGCUGAUGAUAAAAACGAUGUUUCAGGAAUCGAUAAACUACAUAAUAAAGACUUACACAAUGAAUCCAUAGAAACUGUCACCGAAGGAAAAAUUAAUGAAAAUCAAAAAGAGAAAAUUAAAAAAUCUUUGGAUGAUUCAACUAACGAUAUGAACCAAUAUGAUAUGUUGGUAGAUGAAAAAUUCGAAAUCGAAAACCAAACCCAAGAAAAUAAACCCGAAAAUAGGGAAUAUAUUCCUAUAAAAAUGAAGAAUUUAUCUAAAGAACUUUCAGAACAGGAUGGGGCUAAUAACACAGACGAUAUGAGUAAUGAAAAAUUUUAUGUAAAAGAGAGUUCUGACGAAUUAAAAAAAAUUACCAAUCAAGAUAAUAACGAAACUGUUUUCAACGACAUAGAAAACCAAAAUAGAAGUAAUGAAAAAUCUGCUGAUGAAUUUAUGGAAACGGAGGAAAAAAUGGAUAAGAAGUUUCUUCAAGAAACAAAUCCAACAGAAGGAAUUUCUGAAAAAACCGAAAACUAUACCGAAAAUAUUCCAAAAGAUGAUACAAAUAUAGUGGCUGAAGAUGACUCCGCAGAAUACGGUGAGCACAAUACAAUCAUUGGGGAAGAAAAUUAUACGGACCCUAAUAAAAUUAUUGAAAAUGCUGAAACAGAGUCAAAUGGAAACAAAGUUGAAACAAAAAGUAUUGACAUUGACAUUGAGAAAAGCAAUGGAAAUUCCUUAGAAGCAAAUACAGAUAAAGAAUUAACCAAACAGGCAUCUGAAGAGAAAAAAAAUAAACCUAAAAAUGAAGUUGCAAUGGAAGUACAAAAUGAAAAUAAAUCGUCUGCAUCUAUGGAAGAAUCUAAAAAUUAUGGUAACGCCAAUAUUGAAGAUUCAAAUAAAACUGAAAACCAAUGCCUAACAGACGAAAUAAAUACUGAUAUUGCUGAUAUGGAUAAAUUCAAAAAAAGCUUAGAAAUUGAUCAGCCAGCAAUUAACUCUUCAAGAGAUCAGCCCAUUGAACAUACAAUCAUUGAAGAACUUACUACACCCGAUAUUCAUAGAGCACAAGAUAAUGAAAAUAAUAACUUAAAAGUUAAAAUACCAAAAGGUAGUUCGUUACAAGAUAUUUUGAAUGAAAAUAAAGAUGAAAAUGAAAUCUUCGAUCAUUUAUUUACAGAUCAGAUGAACCAUGAAAAUGAAAAUAAUGAGACAGGAACCAUUGCUGAUGAUUCUACUUUAAACAAUAAAAGAAUAGACCAUUCUUUAACGAAUAAUUCAAACACAGUUGAAUCUGAAAAUAUAGAAUCUGAAAAUAUAGAAUCUGAAGACAUACUUUCUGAUCAAUUUAAGUCUCAAACUGACGAAGAUCUUUUUAACACUAAUAUUGAUUCAAGUAGUAUUGAUACUAGAAAUACAGAUGAUGAAUUAGGAGAACAUAAGCAUAUCAAGGAUAGUAAUUCUUUAGAAAAUAUUUCUGCUGAAUUGGGAAACUCUAAACGUUUAAUUGAAAAUAAUAUUCAGUUAGCAGAUAUUGACAUUAAUAACGAAAUGGAUGAAAGUUUGAAAAUCAAUAAUGAAAAAGAUAAAAUUUUAGGUGAUAAUAAAACCGAUGAAAGCAAUUUAGAGAAUAAAAUAUAUGAAGACUUAACUAAUCACGAAAUCAAUAAACCUCAAGAACAUGGAUAUAAAAAUAAUAAUAAUGUUGCCUCACCACAAUCAAAAAAGAAUUCUCUUGAAUCCAUUGCUAUCGAAUCUAAAACUGAGAAAACAGUAUUGAUUCAAUCAAAUGCAGAUAAAGAGACCUUUGGGGAUAAUAACAAUACUGUUAAACAUACUACUAGUGAUUCUUUAAAACCAUAUGAUGAAAUCGGAGAAGAUAAAAUAAUUGAUAGCCAAAAAGAAAAUUCUUUUGAACCUAUGUCUACAGAUUCUAAAAAUGAGAAAGAAGUCUUUGAACCCAUGAGCACAGCUAAAGCUAAGUUCCGGGACAAUAACUCAGAUGAUGAAAAACAAACAGAGAAUCCUUUAAGUGUAAUGUCUUCUGAACCCAAAAUGGAGAAAAAAGAUAUUCAUCAAUUAAGUACAGAUAAUAUCAAGUCACUUAAUAGUGAAGAUAAAACAGAAGAAAUCCUCAAUGAUCCUGCCACGUCAGAUAAUGAACUCCGAGAAAAUAAACUAAUUGGUGCUGCGAAGGAAAAUUGCUCAGAAACAAUUACUCCUACACCUCAAAAUGAGGAAAAAUAUUCUGAACAAAUAAGUGCGGGUGAUAUAAAAUACGGAAUCCCUAGUUCGGAAAAUGAAGACGUUCAUUCAGCAAAAACGACUGAUGACUCUAAAGAAACUGUUAUACGAAAAGAAAUUUGUCCUGAAGCAAUUCUUGACAAACAUGAAACAGAGAAGAAAAUAUUGGAUGAAUCAAAUUCACAUGCAGUUAGGUCUCUUAAUGAAGUAGAUAACGUAAAACAGAAAAAUAUUCAACCCACACAAUUAGAUGAUGAAAUCCAAGAAGAUUCGAACAUUGUUAACCAGGAUAAAAGAAACUUAAAUGGAGUUUCUGCUAACUCAGAAAUUGAUAAAAAUGUUUUUAAUAAAUCAAAUUCAGAUGAAACCAUAUAUCAAAAUUCUGAAGUUAACGUCGAUUAUAUCCAAAUUAAACCCACAAAACUUGAUGAUGAAAUUCAAAACGAUAAAAUAAGUGAUACCCUUAAAACAAGUUUAACCGAACAUGAAACUGAGAAAGAAUUGGUUGAUAUAUUAAUUGAAGAUAAAGAUAAGUCUUUUAACAUUGAAGUUAACACUGAAAACGCAAAAAUUGAUUCCAUUUCUGCAGAUAAUGAAAAAGAUACAGACGCAGAAGUCAAGACUAAAAAGAAUAACAAAAUAGAUGAGCAGACUAAUAAUGAAAUCGAUAAACCGAAUAUUGAAUUUGAAAAGUUUGUUGAAAACGAGAAUAAAAUAGUAAAUUCUUCGGAAGAUGUGCAAGAAAAAGAGAUUAAAAAUGAAACUCCAGAAGAUUCACUUAAUAGUGAGAUCAAGAAAGUUUUAAAAGAAGAAGAAAUGAGCAAGAAAGGAACAAAUAAAAAAGAAAAUAGUUUAGAAUGUGGCACUCACAAUAAAAGCUUAGACCAAAACUUGAAUGUAACCGAUGGAAUUAACACUACUGAAGACAUUUCAGAAAAUCCAAAUUUUGAUCAAACUUUCAGUGAUCUUGUGAUUGCUGAAGAAAACUUAAAUGAAAAUAAUACUGAAGAUGCACAAAAAACUUUAAAAAAAAGGAGUAUCGAUUAUGAUACUAAGGGAAAUAUUAAUUUAAAUGAUAUGAAAUACACCAAAACAGAGAUUCUCGAAUCUGAAGACAAGAAACCUGAGAUAAGCAUAACGAAAAAUUUAGUUACCUCUACUGAUGCAGAAUCUAAGGAAAGCAAUAACGACACUGAAGAAAUAAAGUUAAGUAACAAUGAUAUUGUGGGAAAAGACACAGCGGAAUCUGAACAACUUAUUGUACACAGAAACCAAGAAGAAAAUAAAAAUCAAGACGAAGAAGAUUUUAAAGUUGAUCAGAUAGACACUGAAAUAAAUCGUAGAAAUAAAAGUGAAGAAAGCGAUAUUUUGGCAAAAGCAGAAAUGACCAUAGCAUCUAAAGAAAAGGAUUAUAAAGACGAUCACUUUACUAAUGAGGUUAAUAUUAAUAAUAAUUCAGAAAAGAAAAUAAGUCCACAUAUCAGCAUUGAUGAUUCAGAAGAUUUACAAUUGCAAAGACCAGCAAGUAAGACAAACAUUUUAGAGGUAACCACUGCUAAAACCAAUGAAGAAACCAAUAAAAGUGCACAAUCGGAAGGUGUAUUUACCGAAAACAAAUCAGAAUUACGUGAUGAUGAUUUAAAUGUUGAAAAUGAACUGAAACUCUUAAGAGAUUGGGCUGAUUGUCAAACUGAUUUAGAACCAAAAAUAAUGAAAUCUGAUUUAGAAGACGAAUUAAGCAGUUUUGAAAAAGAAAAUGAAGAACUUCCGAUUUCAUUGAAAAGCAACGAUUCCAUGAAAACUGAAAACACUGUGGAUACUCAUUCCAUAGUACAAGUUGAUGACAUAAACAGCAAAUUAAUUGAUGAAAAUAGCUUAGAAAACCAAAACCAAUGUGAAAAGGAGACACGUGAUCAUAUUCAAGUAACGGAAAAUGCAGCAGUUCAUCACCCAAGCUUCGAAGAAGAAAAUUUGUCAGAUGAACAAAAAGACAACACAACCGCUAGAGAAGAUUUCUUAGAAAAAGAAGAUGACAAAAAACUUGAAAAUAAUGUCAAGACUUCAAACCAUCCUAAUAUUGCAAUGCCCGAACCUAUCUCGAUAGAACUAGAUGAAACUAAGGAGAACGAUGAGACAACGCAUACAAAUCAAUUAGGGGGUAUAUCAGAGUCAACUAUUACUAACACUUUAGAUAUUGAUAAUUUAACACCAGAGUCUAAUAUUGGCACAGUAAAUUCACACAAUUAUUCUAACAAAAUUGGCAGUAGUGAAAAUGGUAGUGAAAAUACUUUAAAUCUUCAAAAUUCUGAAGUGAAUCCUAAAUAUAUCAAAGAGAAUAUACGUACGAAUUAUACUGGUCAGAUAACAGGACCCCUAAUGGCAGAAGUGCAUCUGAAAUCCUUUACACUUAAUAAUCCGCCGGAAGCAGGAAUGAGAGGUUUUCCUUGGACAAACGAGAAUAAUGUCGAGAGUUCAACAAAUAUUGGUAAAAAAAUACCACAAGAAAGUACUCAUAAUGAUAUAACUUUAGAAGAUAAUCAAAAAUCUAUCAACUUGGGGAUGGAAGAAAAUAAAAUCAAUGCAGAUACUAAUAUCGGUCCCGAUAGACAUAUGAAUGGAAAUAAAACAGCUGAAGAACCAAUUGUUAAACCAACUACUGAAAAUAAUCGAACUGCUACUUAUUUAUAUGGCAUACAUACAGCUUUGAAGGAUUUAAAUCAAACUCAAAAAGAUUAUAAACCUGCUGAAGCUUUUACUAUUCCUUUUCAUGAUCCUAAAGUAAUGUUACAAGAGACUACGGAUUCGAAAAUACUCCCUGCUAAUGACGAUAACACAUUUGAGCAAUACGACGAUGAUUUUCCUAAGUACACUGAAGUGCAAGGAAAUGAAAGCGUAGUUCUAGAUGAAAAUGAAAAUAAAGUUCAUGAUGAAAUCUUGGAUUCGGAAACGCCAACAAAAUUAUUCAAUGAACUUGAAGCCUUUGAUUUUAACCAAAAUGUAGAAAGUUCUCCAGACAUGGCUGUCACUUACACAGCUGAAGAAGCUAUGUCGUUAUUAUUAAACAAUCCGAGUUCAACUCUGCAUACCAUAGUAGAACAAAAUGAAAACGAGACUCCGCGUUCUACAAAGACUGAAAAUAGCAAAGGUAGUAGUGUGAAAUUGCAACUUGAUGACACAGAAAAUGUUACUGAGACCUUUAGAAAUGAUGAAUUAGUCUCUGAUGCAAAAAUUGAACUCAUUGAUAGUUGGUCUCCUACCAAGAAGCUUAAUGAAAACAUAAAUUCAGAAGAGACUGAAGCAUCAGAAGGUCACAGUAGAAAACGUGGUAAAAGGUCCAUAGAUAAUGACUUUAUUGUUAGUGAUAAAGAAAAUCAGAAAACAAACAAUGACGAUAAACAUGAAUUAAAAGAAAUGUAUGACACAAAUAAUACAGUUGAUAAAAAUAACUUUGAACAUAAUGAUAUCAAUAGUCCCCAAAGUAAACCGGUCGCAGGAAAUAAAGAUCGUUUUAUGUUAGAUAAAAAUACAGAUCCAACAAACAGUGAAAUAAAAAUAGAAGAAGAAGUGAAUAAAAAAGCUCUUAGUUUCGAUGAAACACAACCUAAAAUACUUAAGGUUGACACAAGUGACAACUACACAGUAAAUAGUAAAAAUUCUAUGAAUGAUUUACAAGAAUAUUUAGCCAUCGAAAAAGCUGUCAUGAAUUCUCAACUUCACAACAACGAUUCAAAUUUGCAACCACUUCAUUCAUCCGUAGAUGUAAAUAAAACUGAUACGAAUUCAACUUCUGUUGAUAUUACAGCGGAAACAAGAAACCCAUCGGAAGCAAAAAAUUUAUCAGGAGAAGAAACAAUAUAUCCUGCAGCUAUAGAGGAAACAUACAUUGAAAACACUACGUCAAAAUCGAAUAUUGUUUUAAACCAAAAUAUAUACAAUGCCAUAAUUUAUACUGACACUCUUAUCUAUACUUGA